ACCAUCCGUUAUCCCACGCGCGUGCGCCUUGCUGAAUGAUCGUUUAGCCCCUGCCGUUUGGAACCCGACACUGAUGCGCGCAAGACACAUGGUGUCCUACCCACACUGAGCCACCUGGCUCCAAUCCCAACACCACCGCCGUCCGCGGAAUCUCCUGCCACAUCGUCGACAGCAUGAAUGCUACCAGGCCGCUGCUCGCCAACGGCUUCCUGAAGCGCAGCGUGGACGAGCUGAAGCGUCUCUCGAGCAUAGCAUGGAAACUCGAGGGAGUCAAAGGCCCAUCCGGCCCGCGGCCGCUCUACGACUUCAAAACCCGGGCCUCAGUAGACGACUGCAUAAUCAUGUCCGACGACAUCAUCGGCGGAUCGUCCAAAAGCAACCUCGAAUUCGUCGAUCGAAGCGAUACCAACCUAAAUCCCUCCACAGGAGCCCAAACGCCAUCCCCCGCCCGCUACGCACGAUUCCACGGCCAAAUAUCUACAUCCCUCCCUGCCGGACGGCCCAACAUUCAGCGCAGCGGUUACGCCGCGUUUCGCACCCCCGAUCAACCCCCCACGGUAUUCGGCAGGUCCGUAUGGGACAUAGACCCUUAUACUUAUCUUGCCAUGAGGAUAAAGUCCGACGGAAGGGCAUACUUUAUCAACCUGCAGACGGAAGCUGUCGAGCCGACUGACCUGCAUCAGCAUAGGCUGUUCGCGAAGCGGCCUGGCCAGUGGGAGACCGUCAUGGUCAAAUGGAAUGAUUUCGUGAGGACAAAUCACGGCUUCGUUGUAGAACCCCAAACGGAGCUCCUGAGGCAAAAGGUCAGGAGCAUCGGCAUCGGCUUGACGGAUCGCAUCGAGGGUCCGUUCGAGCUGUGCAUAGCUCAGGUGUGGGCGACAAACCAUGCUACGGAUGGCGCGACCAUCGUCACAUCCGAGGAGAGUGAGCUCAAGAAUCGCAAGGGCAAAAAGAUUCACUGGUAAAGGGGGUUUUCCAUCGGCGUCUUUGUCCAGACUGGGCGCUUUCCGCCUGUAAAUAUAUUGUGGCGUUGAUCUGGAGUGGCACCGCAAGAGUCCUAGUGUUAUCACAUAUUUUGGCGCUGUCCCGAUG